AUGUUGGCCGCCAUCUUUGUUUACAUCGACGCUCACCUCAUCGUCAAAGAACGACAACCAGACAAAGUACCACUUAAAUAUUACAGGCACCUCAGGACCACCGGGACGACCCCUGCACAGUCUCAGGACCACUGGGACGACCCCUGCACAGUCUCAGGACCACUGGGACGACCCCUGCACAGCCUCAGGACCACUGGGACGACCCCUGCACAGUCUCAGGACCACUGGGACGACCCCUGCACAGUCUCAGGACCACUGGGACGACCCCUGCACAGCCUCAGGACCACUGAGACGACCCCCUGCACAGCCUCAGGACCACUGGGACGACCCCUGCACAGCCUCAGGACCACUGAGACGACCCCUGCACAGCCUCAGGACCACUGGGACGACCCCCUGCACAGCCUCAGGACCACUGGGACGACCCCUGCACAGUCUCAGGACCACUGGGACGACCCCUGCACAGUCUCAGGACCACUGGGACGACCCCUGCACAGCCUCAGGACCACUGGGACGACCCCUGCACAGUCUCAGGACCACUGGGACGACCCCUGCACAGCCUCAGGACCACUGGGACGACCCCUGCACAGUCUCAGGACCACUGGGACGACCCCUGCACAGUCUCAGGACCACUGGGACGACCCCUGCACAGCCUCAGGACCACUGAGACGACCCCCUGCACAGCCUCAGGACCACUGGGACGACCCCUGCACAGCCUCAGGACCACUGAGACGACCCCUGCGCAGCCUCAGGUCCACUGGGACGACCCCUGCACAGCCUCAGGACCACUGA